AUGAGCAACGGCAUAGAUCGAGAAAUUGUUAAAGGGAAUUGGUUGCAGCAAAAAACUCGAAAAAAAAGUGGAACUCUGCUACGAAAAAAGAAAGUGAUGUACGAAGAAGCAGAAUGGGUUGUUCUUUGUGUACAUGAUGGUCACAUACCAUUUUUGGAGUGCCCAGUAAAAGUUGUCGAUCUUUUGGAUUCAGCAUUCGUGAGCAGUGUAUUAUGUGACAGUCGAUCAUUUAUUGUUGGUUUUUCUCACUUUUCACGAGAUGCUAUUGAACUCGUCGCCCUAACAACUGAUGAUUGCAAAGAUUGGGUUCAGAAAUUAAUAUCUACACUUGUGCGUCUCAAAUGCAUUGAUGAUUCGUCGAACUUAUAUUCUCCAUUGCAGAAUUCUGAUAUUUUACCUUCAAAUUGCACUGUUUCUUCGCAUUGUUUGUUUAUGAAUUCUACAUUAGACGACGAAGUGCCUUUGAGUAUUGCUCCCUCACUUCCUACAGUUGAGCAGUCGCCUUACGAAAAAAUUUCUCUGACUACUAAUUUAUUUUCAAUAAAGAAGGAUGAAACAAAAGAACCGCCAGUUAAUCAUACAUCUGCAAAGGAUACGAAUAUUAAUAGGGUUUUGCCUCCUCCAAUUCCGCCACGAAUUAUUUCAUCUGAUCUUCGUCAUUUUUGUCCGUCCUAUGCGAUUAAGUCGCUAUCAAUUUAUGAUCAUCCAAAGAAUUUCGCUAUAUCAUCGUUUUCUUAUGAUACUCUUGAUUUCUCUAAUCGGCGAUAUUCGUCUUCUACAGAAUCAUCAUCGUUAUCCUCUUCUGUUCAAAAGGUCGAUUCAGACUAUGGCGCACCAGCCGAAAAUACAACUUUAAAUACUUUUAUUUCGCCUCCGGAAGAAUCGAAGGCCAAAUGUGGUGCAAAGAUAGCGGGAUGGUCUUCCAAUAAAGAUAAGCAAAUUUCCAAUAUACUACACAUUGGCGAUGAAUUAGUUGAAAUUGGAGGAACUAAAGUCAAAAAUCUUGAACAGUUAUCAUCUCUUUUAUAUUCUUCUUCGGCCUUGGGUGCACCAAUUGAAAAUGUGCGACCAGGCUCUCCUGCUUGGUGUGCUGGACUACGGCCUCGCAUACCAUCUGGUCUUUAUUCAGACAAAGAAAGUUCUGCCUGUAUAACGCAGGUUAAUGAAUAUAAUGUGGAUAUUUAUUCGAAAAACAAUUCUUCUCUUCUGCUUAUCUUUGAUGCUAUAUCCAUUCAAAGUAAUUUUAUUAUUAUUGCCCAGCCUCAUGAUUUUAUUAAAGAAUUACAGAAAGCUGCAAACCACGGAAAAGUGGCUGCAACCUCGAAUGGAGGUCGAGCUUUCGUAUGGAUCGAGAAGGUCCAUCCUUUUCAAAUUACUGUGGCCGAUCAUUCAGUUAUUUUCAACUCCAGAAAAUAUUUUCAUGGCAUAUUAGCAGCGAAGAGAUUAUUUCAGAAUGCGUCUUUAUCUAAUGUUCGCCCAGCGAUAUAA